AUGAACAACAAGCGGGCACGCGUUGAAGACAGCCAGAAUUCCGUGAUCCACGCCAUUUGGCUUGUGUGCGGGCGCAAGGUUUCAAGGGACGAAUGCGAGGGAGUUUCGUUAACCCCUCUAGAAAAGCAAGUAGUAUCGUUACGCGAGAGCAUUCCCUCGAACGCGCUCUUACUGGUGGCUUGUGGUUACCGAGUGAAACUUUACGGACGGGACAGCCACGUUGUUAGCCGUCGGUCCGGGAUAAUGUGCAUUCGAUCCCAACCUUUUGAGUAUAGUAGUGUUCCCUACGUACGGGUGGAACUGUAUAUUCGUCGCCUCGUUGCUAUGGGAUAUCAUGUUGCCUUCGCCGACCAAGAGUCUGCAGCCGUGCGGGCUGUGGAAGGCAUAAAGUGCGGCAUCUUCCGACGCACAGUCUCGCACCUGUACAGCCGCGGCACGCUGCUUCCUGGCGAACAAAUCCUGAUCCAGAGCACUAGCGGCGGGAUUGAUGAAGCCGCAAUGCCCGAGGUGGCCGAUGAGGAAGCGAACUCAGCUAGCGCUAAGGGCAGUUGGGAGGAUGAUGUAAACGUGGAGAAGGGUGACUCUUCUGAACUUUUCAUGUGCUUUAUCGGUCUAUCUACUACCACCACCUUGACGUCUUCUGUCGAAGCAGAGACGCUGCAGGUUCUCCUAGUCAGCUUCGUCACGCGGAGCCGCAAGUUAUUCUCGAUUUCCUCCACCUCCUCGUUGGAGGACAUUGUUAUGCAGUUUGACAUCGUGGAGGUCAUUAUUGUAGGGCGAAGUAAUAAGAAUGAACACGACAACUUGGGUAAAAUCACGACACAGAUGCAAGGAAUCCCUGAGAAGUAUGCUCGUGUUCUACAAAAUGCACUGCCGCUGCAUUACGGGCCGACGUUGGUAGGAGAAGAGGAUGGGAAGUGUGUUAGCGUUAGUGUGUGUGUGCAAAAAGAGGGGGACUCACUGGAUUCCGCAAUCGCAGCCUACUUAAAACCAUAUAAACUAGACAAGAUGUAUCAGGGGAUGUGCGUCGAGUGUGCUCCCAAACUUGGAAAGAACGAAUUCAGCAUUGGUGGUGCAGGUGUGGUGCCACGAGAUGGUAUUUCCGGUGAUACAAAGUCAGUGUUACGGCUCCCAGGGAGCACACUGCGUGCAUUGGAAAUAUUCCAGAGCAGUAUCGGCCCAAAGGGAUCUCUUCUAUCGCUGCUUGACCACUGCUUGACGCUACAGGGUUCGCGCACUCUGAGAUUAUGGUUGGCAGCCCCACUAGCCAGUCGGGCCGAGAUUAUGGAGCGCCAGUCGGUUGUUGCAUAUCUUCUUGGAGGUGGUGAGAUGGGUGCCGUGCGGGACCUCCUCCGUGAAUGUGGCAGGCUAGGUGAUGUUGAAGCAAUUGUUGCUAAAAUAUAUUCUCAGCGCUGUUCUGUACUUGAGUAUGUUAAGAUACUCCGUAUGUCUCGUACUUUAUUCGCGACGGCGAGUGAUAUUCUUUCAAAAUGUACUCCACCAACCCUUCUAGAGAGCUACCUCCGAUCUCUGUCAACCCCUGCUGUGAAGAACUUUGUUUAUGAGCAUGAGGCCGAGAUGGAUCUCUCUGUUAUAACACCUGUUCAACUUUUUACUGGUAAGGGCGUUACGAUUCCAACUCUGCUGGAGAAACAUUUAGAAGCUUUUAACUGCGCGCAGGAGGCUCUGACAACGGAAUUAGAGCGAGUACGUCAAGUGCUCAAGUUUCCAGGUGUAGAGUACCGCACUAUUGCUGGCACACCGUUCGUGAUUGACGUGCCUAGUGCAAAAUCUUCCCACGUUCCAAAGGAUUGGAUCGUUCUCACGCGAACCAAGAGCAAUGUACGUUACCAUACGCCGACCAUUGUCCAGGAAAACAUUGCUCUCUGUGCAGCUAAAGAUCGUCUUGCUGCCACAGCAACUACGCUGUGGCAGCAGCGGCAAGAGGAGCUGUGUAAACCUGGCGGUGACAUUGAAAUGCUGGUUGAAAUGAUCAAGAUCGUGGCUGCAAUAGAUGCGCUGUAUAGCCUCUCAUUGGUCUCAUCGGCGAACGGCUACAUUCCCCCUCAACUGGUUGAAAUCAUGGAGGGGGAAAAACAACCCGAAGGUACGGCCAUCUCAAUUGACGCGGGGAGGCAUCCCAUCCUGGAUCAGUCCUUGCCAAACGGUUACGUGAGCUGUGAAAUGCGUUUGUGCGUUGGUGGAACUUGGCUACUAACAGGCCCCAAUAUGGGGGGGAAGUCGGCGUUCAUGCGAAUGGUUGGUUGCUUCGUGGUGAUGGCACAAUUGGGAAGUUAUGUCCCUGCGGCAGGGGCAACCUUACCGGUAUUUACUGGUUUGUACUGUCGAAUGGGGUCAAGUGAUGCAAUUUUGGAGGGAAACUCCACCUUUUUCACUGAGAUGGAGGACACCAGUCGCAUUCUGCGUGCCCCGGAGCUUUCCCGAUCUCUUGUGUUCAUCGACGAGCUCGGCCGCGGUACGAGCAGCUUUGACGGACUUUCAGUAGCUGCUGCAACCUUAGAUUACUUGGUGAGCAUGCAUGCAACCUGCAUAUUUGUCACGCAUUAUCAUCUCCUUUGUGAUCCUUUUGUCUCCGGUAGCCUUGAGUCUAAUAUAUCGACAUCCACGGGAGGCUCUCAAGUCCGUCAUAGUGUUAAUUCUAAUCCACUAGUAGAAUGCCACUACAUGGGAUUCCAGAUGGAAAAUGAAGAUUCAGUUUCAUCCAACGGAGCUGAUGCUCGCAAGUCAACAUCACUGGGGUCCGAUAGUCAGCGUGUGAUUUUCACUUACAAACCGUGCCCUGGAGUAACGCCCUCCAGCUUCGGCGUCGAUGUCGCGAAGAUGGCAGGCCUUCCUGCUCACGUAAUAAAGGAAGCAAGAAUAAUAAGCUUGAAGGAAGAAGAAACCCAAUCGUUUCGAACGUCUCUGCAUCUCUUGAGACAAUUGAUGGAGUAG